CCACAACAUAUAUACUCCGAUAUUAUCUCUAAGUCGAGACUUACUGUGCCCUAUAUUGCCAAUAAGCGACCGCUACUGCGACAAAACGAUGUGCUCAGUCUCCCCUUAAGCUCUGGCGACAUCGAAAGGCAAGCUCCGACCACAAAUCGCUACGCCCCUUGAGACAUGGAGCAGCCUACAGGCCAAGACGGGCGCGCGACUCGACCCUCGGCGUUCCAGGCCCCGAGGAAGAAGAGGAACCAUAGGGGAGGGAAAAAGAAGCGCUCAACGAAGCAGCCGUUCGCAUUGCCCGCCUCUGAAGAAGAAGAUGUGUCUGCCGUCCUCGAGACCUCAGAAGAUCGCAAAACUAAGCAAAGCACUGCGAGGUCCCCUUUGCAGAGGUCCACUUUGCACAGACUACAAGGGCGGAACUCGAGUAAUACAAGCUUAGAGAGCGAGGCACUGCUCGAUCACAGAGAGCAGAAGUUUAUGCGGCCUCGAAGAUCCUCGACAUUACAGCAUAAUGCGUUUGAUCAGUCAAUCUACGAAUCCCCCGGUUCCAUCCGGCCACAAUACACAAACCCCUUUGCCUCGCAAGAGAGCGGGCGUAGCCGCCAGUUGAAGCGUGGAUACACCAUGCCCAAUGCCGAAGAGAACAUGGACGAAGAGGCAGACGAGCGGACACCGAUGCUUGCUACUUCUAUGCCAAGAAGUGGAUAUGGAGGACAAAGUAUGGGAUCGGGACCCAAACCGAGCCGAUAUGGUCGAAAUGGCAGCAGCUCGUCCGAUAUUAGGAAAGGAGUAUCGAAAUCGACCAGCCGAGAGGUGCCGGCGCCUCUUCCUUCUCAAUCGUCUGGCGCUUACAACGUCAAUUACCCACCUUCUGUUCCAGGAAGCCCUUCGAUGAGCCCGGCCCAUAAGCCGAUGAGCUUUGGGGACAUGCUAGGACGAGAUGAAUUCCCAAGUGAUAGGGAUCAUUUUGAGGAAGAAGAAGAGGACGAGUAUCAUGACAGGGGCGAAACUACGCCCGAUCGUCGGUCGGUGCAUGGCUCGCUGGCCGAGAGACUAGAAAGACGCCCAACAGUGGCCGCAAGAGCAGAAGAAGAUGUGUGCUUUCCUGCGGAAGCUAUGUCGGAAAUCACAGAAAUUGCAGAGGAAGACGUUGCCGAACAGGAAGGCAGUAUAUUCCACCAAAAUGUUCGACGCCGGCGUCCAAAGUGGCCAGAUCUGGCUGUUCUUGAUGAGUGGAGCAGAAUUGAGAAGGAAGGGAGGAGUGAAGAGGCGCGAGCAAAGAGGAUGGUUGAACCGCAGCUUAUUGGAGGACGUCUGCGUCCCACCCACUCGCGGAAUUGGCAUCGGGUGGAGGAGGAUGCUCCAUACCGAUUUACCUACUUCAACGAAGAAUUCCCAAGCACCAUCCACAGCCAGACGAUUUCAGAACUCGAACAGCCUGGUCUAAGUUUCAAGGAGCUAUUUAUUCCUGACCGCCCCGAAUUAUGCGACUCGUCUGACGACGAAGAAGACGAUCAGUACCCGGGGCUUCUGCCGUCAGAACAAUACCAGAUACGUACUCAUUCAAAUGGCAAUAAUAAUAUGGAAUCUAGAGCAACAACUCGCCAAAGCUCGUAUAUGGAUUUGAGCCCAUGUUCAACUGUGCCCGACGAUAGGCAUUCUGAAAAAGCCUCAACUCCCGCUCAAAGGGGUAAACUAAGCUCUGCAAACACUAUGAGCAUCCCCGAAUUAUCGUUACCGCCACCACAAGAUCCUCAUGCAGCAGCAGCAGCCAAAGAAGCCACAACCGAGCAAACAUCAGCCGGUACUAAGUCUCCAGAAGCCCCCAGAGAACGACCGAAGCGUUAUGGGGACAGGCCAACGUGGUGGUUAGAUGUAUUCUCUCCAUCCGAAGCGGAAAUGAAAAUCAUAGCCAAGACCUUCGGUAUUCAUCCGCUUACCGCAGAAGACAUUAUGGUUCAAGAAGCGCGAGAGAAAGUGGAACUGUUCCGUAACUACUACUUUGUCAAUUACCGGACGUUUGAGCAAGACAUGAACAACGAAGACUUCCUCGAGCCUGUCAACAUGUAUGUCGUCGUUUUCCGCGAAGGAAUCAUCAGUUUCCACUUCUCGCUCACGCCGCAUCCGGCAAACGUGCGGAGACGAAUUCGUCAGUUGAAAGACUACCUAAUCCUCUCCUCGGAUUGGAUUUCCUAUGCCAUCAUCGACGAUAUUACCGAUGUUUUUGCGCCGUUGAUUCAAACUAUCGAAGACGAAGUCGAUGAUAUCGACGACGCGAUUCUAAUGUUACAUUCCCCACCAUCUGGCGACUCCACAGACGAGAAACGCUCCGAAGCAGGCGGGAAGACUGUAGAAAACGGCGCGGACAUGCUUCGGCGUGUUGGAGAUUGCAGGAAGAAGGUUAUGGGUCUGUAUCGGCUCCUCGGAAAUAAAGCGGAUGUGAUUAAGGGCUUUGCGAAGAGAUGUAAUGAGCACUGGGAUGUUGCACCGAGGAGCGAGAUCGGGUUGUAUUUGGGAGAUAUUCAGGAUCAUAUUGUGACUAUGACGGGGAACUUGAGUCACUAUGAGAAGAUUCUAGCACGCUCGCACGGCAACUACCUCGCGCAGAUUAAUAUUCGCAUGAACGAGCGGCAAGAGCAGACCGCUGACGUCCUUGGCAAAUUGACGGUGCUGGGAACGAUCGUGUUGCCCAUGAAUAUUAUAACUGGGUUGUGGGGAAUGAACGUCUGGGUGCCUGGACAGAAUGCAGAGAACAGUCUGACGUGGUUUUGGUGCAUUACUGUCGGCUUAUUGGUAUUUGGGUUGAGUUGUUUCUUGAUGGCGAGGACGCUCUACCGGAUUGUAUGAGCGGGUACAGCUAUCAUGGGGGGUUGAACAUGCGAGCAGGGGUUCGAUAGAUACCUUAUUAUCGAGGCUUAUUAUCGAGGAUGGAUUUAAGCGUCUAGACGAGUGGGAGGCGGCUGGAUAUCCGGGUUUGUGCUGUUGGGUGUUGAAGGUUGGAGCAUUUCUUGGAUAGGAUUGUUCUUGGGGUCCUUGGCGGGAUUUAAAUUGGUAUAUCACUAUAUACAUCGAUGAUAAGAUCUUAUUUACUGGGAUUUGGACUACACAUGGCGAUACGGCGUUUCAUAUGCCUGUCCAUUGGUUAGAGGUGGUAGUAUCCGAAUAUAAGACAAAUUAUGGAAUUUGAUAAAGCAUGG